UCAGAACUCAGCAGUGUAGACGUCUUCAUUCAUAAAGAUGAUCCGCAAUCUCUUGGUACUUGCUUGUCUCGUCGCUGUGGUCUUUGUGAAAAGAUCCAUUGCUGUGUGCCACCACGAAGGAAAAGACUUUGCUGAAGGAGAGUCAUUCAAAAAUGAUUGCAAUACGUGUAUUUGUAGCAAGAAUGGCGUGGCAGCUUGUACAGAGAUGUUAUGCCUGCCUAAAGUUAAGAGAUCCAGUGACGGGUGCCAUCAUAAUGGAAAAGAUUACAAUGUAGGAGACUCUUUCCAAGACGACUGCAACACAUGUCGUUGUGUUAAAGGAGGUUUGGCGGCCUGUACAAAGAAGUUGUGUCCAGAGAAAAGAUCUAGUGCUGUGUGUCACCACGAUGGAAAAAACUUUGCUGAAGGAGAAUCAUUCAAAAAAGACUGCAACACAUGUGUCUGUGGGAAAAAUGGAAACGCGGCUUGUACUUUGAUGCUUUGCAUAAAUAAAGCGAAAAGAUCCAGUGACGGAUGCCACCAUAAUGGAAAAGACUACGCUGAAGGAGAAUCAUUCAAAAUAGACUGCAACACAUGUAUCUGUGGCAAAGGAGGUUUGGCAGGUUGUACAAGGAUGUUGUGUCCAGAAAAAAUAUCCAGCGACAAAUGUCACCAUAAUGGAAAAGAUUACGAUGUAGGAGCAUCAUUCAAAAUAGAGUGCAACACAUGUCGUUGUGUUAAGGGCGGUUUGGCAGCUUGUACAAAGAUGUUCUGUCCACCUCCAGCUAAACAAUCCGCUGCUGUGUGCCACCACGAUGGAAAAGACUUUGCUGAAGGAGAAUCAUUCCAAAAAGACUGCAACACAUGUCAUUGUCUUGCAGGUGGGAAAGCAGCUUGUACAAAGAUGUUGUGUCCACCUAAAGAAAAAAGGUCCACUCAAGUGUGCCACCACGAGGGAAAAGAAUUCAAAUUAGGACAAUUAAUCCACAUUGACUGCAACGUCUGCCGUUGUCUUGUAGGAGGCAUUGCAGCCUGUACAAAGAAGAGCUGCCCACCUAAAGAGAAAAGAUCUGCUGCUGUGUGUCACCACAAUGGAAAAGACUAUGCUGAAGGAGAAUCAUUCAAAAUAGACUGCAACACUUGUCGCUGUGGUAAAAAUGGUGCCGCAGCUUGUACAAAGAAGUUCUGCCUACCAGCAGGUUGCGUGUACAAUGGUAAAUUCUACAAGGUUGGAGAGUCCUUCAAAAAGGAUUGUAACGACUGCACCUGUACAGAAAGAAAUGCUGCCGUGUGUACUCUGAGAGGCUGUGUACAUUGAAAAGCAUAAAGUGACGGCUUGUAACUGUUUAUGCUAAUCUUGAACUUAUCAGACUACGACACCAGAAUUCUCUGGAAGAUAAAUGAAAAACAGACCAGAACUAUGAAAAUCAAAUUUCCCUUUAUUUGAAUUAUACUAUGAGAAUCUUGAAAAUAAAAUUACUUUAAAUGAA